UCCGCGCGUUACGGCACGUCGCACACAUUCGACAGCAGAACUCGCUCAAGUUUCCAACAGAAAACACAAGCCAGGAAGUUUCGGAUAGAUCGGGUUAUCGACAGCAAUAUUUUUACCAUUGUUUAGAGAAGGAAAGAUCGUUACAUAACGCUAGUGGAAACCACCGUUGUUUUCCCGGACGGAAAGAAUCGUGUUCCGGAUACGAUUUAAUAGUUUUUCAAUCACCGGAUAUAGCUCAAAAGUUGGAAUUCACGCUCAACUGGUUUUUAUGCAAAUGUAGAAACGAUAUCGGCUCUUGCAACCACUGACCAGCAGGAGAAAAAAGGAGUCGUUGAAAAAAUCUACAUCGUAGUAGCCUUUGUCCAGGGAGGCUUGUAGUGGUACCGCUUCCUAUUGUGCAACCAGAAACAGCUGGCGCAGUGUGUGGUGAAAAGACCCCGGAUGUACGUGUAGUCGCGCUAUCAUUCCUGUGGCGAGCACUGAGUGUGUCUGUGUGGUCCUCCUGUAUCCGUCCGACUCCCAUCGCAGACGCCACUGUCUCACGUACCUUGGAGCACCAAUACAGACAUUAUCACAACGGCAAGCGCCAUUGCAACAGGAACAGGUCGUCUGUUGAGGCCAAACCCCCCAUCCAGAAACAGGAGGCACAACACUUGCUGAGCCCGCCGAGAGUGAGACAGAAAGCGAGAUUUGUGUUGUGUGCUUGCUGGCCCAGUGUGGAUGAAUAACAGUGCCCGGAAAUAGAGGUGUCCGGUAACGUUAACCGGUUCCGAUCGUCACUUUUCCCGUUCCUUUUCCUCUUCCGAUAUACACACUUUUCGUGACCUUUUUUGUCGCCAUAGUCAUCACCGCACACAUUGGCGACACCGCUUGCUGUGGUCUAUUGUUUUCGGAACUGAGUAAACCAGAAGAGACCUUCUCACAGCAGCACGGACGGCAGCCCCCUAAAUAAAUAAUUCCUUUUUUUUUGUGGCCACCAGCCAGCCAAACUGAAAGACCCAAGGGAGCCCUAAAGGCAAGCGGUAAGGACGUGCUUGUGUGGAGGUAUUUUUAUGUCUGCUAUCAACCGGUGCGCUAACAAUAUCGAGACCUUUGGGAGUAGGUAUGAGCAACAGAAAGAGCGAGUGAGUGAAGAAAAAUUACCGACAAAAUUGAUUGUAUUCCACGCGUUUUUGUCAACAGUUGUGUCGUGAAUAGAGAGUGUGACAGCUUCUUGGCUCAGAGGGACGGAGGAUACCGGACGCGGAAAAGGAGUGAAUAAUUUCGAUUGUUUUUCCUCUCGAAGAAACGCGCGCGGGUCACAGCUAUUGAUCGAUUCGACCGUGGUCGCCUCACGGCAAGUGAAAGUGAAAUACGUCGGAAGUACUUUGGCGAAAGAGUGAGGACGAACAAUUGGAAUAUGCAAUGUCCUGAUUCUGAACGUGAUACGGAACGAGUGAUAUAGAUAAGUGUAACGGAAGUACGCUGGCAAAGUUUGGAAGAACCGACGGUGGAUUUGACCACAGCGGAACGGUCGGCCUAGAAACGGCACGGUUCGAAGAAAAAGCCUUCAAAAUUCGUUUGAAAACUGGAAAGCCACGAGAAAAUAGUAUCGACGACAGCAGCAGAAUUAUGAUCGAUAUAAAAAGUACACCCGACUAUCUGAAUCGGUCCUCCGGUGGAUCAUUCGGUAACUUUUCAAUGUUACUCGCUGAUUCAUCUUACAAAUCAUCAUGGGGUUCUCACAGUUCAUCGCAAAGCCAAGGCUACAGUUCAAAUGCUCUCAGCAGCGUUAGCGUCGGGAAAACUUCAUUAGAUGCACAUUCACACUUUAGACAGCCAGAUCCAUAUCAGAUGUUUGGUCCCACCAGCAGUCGACUAGCUAGUUCAGGUUCAGGUCAAAUUCAGCUGUGGCAGUUUCUGUUGGAACUGUUGAGCGAUUCCGCCAAUGCCGCUUGUAUCACGUGGGAGGGCACCAACGGUGAAUUCAAACUGACCGAUCCGGAUGAGGUGGCGAGGCGUUGGGGUGAGCGGAAAUCCAAACCGAACAUGAAUUACGACAAGCUGAGUCGGGCGUUGAGAUAUUACUACGAUAAGAACAUCAUGACCAAGGUGCACGGCAAGCGUUACGCAUACAAAUUCGACUUCCAGGGGCUAGCCGCGGCUACGCAGCCACAAACCGACCCGACCUACAAGUAUCAAAGCGACCUAUUCAUGUCGCCGUACCACCAUGGGGCCAAACUGAGCUCCUUUAUGAGCCCACACCACAGCAUGACGUCAUCUUCCGCAUCCAUCUUCCCGUCGGCAGCAUCCUGGGGCAACUGGGGCAGUCCAGCGACGAACCUCUACCCUUCGCAUACGAUGUCACAUGUAACGCCAUCCCACGUCGCUCCCCAUCUUGGUUCAUAUCCCCACUACGCAUGACCAUCACCAACGACGACGACCUCCACACAUCAUCAUCAUCACUCACAGGUUGACAACUUUGACAUCUACAAGAAGUUGACUCCCUACGAAUAAUAGCAACAGCCGCAGCACCACCAUGCUGAAGCUGCCAGUGAACAGUUCUACCGACACAACCUAGAUAAAUGUAUUUUAGAUCAUCUAAGCAAAUGUCUCAACUUUUAAAUUUCCAACCAAAGAAAGAUGGAGAUGCAUAUUUUAAAGAUUAUACAAACAACCGAACAAAACGGAAUUCCAAGUCAGUGUAUACUAGCAAUAUUUUUGAUGUAAAGAACGAAUCUCAUGUCGCAACUAUGAAACUAAAACAAACUAGUCUUCUGAUAACAGGUCGAGUCAUCAUAGAUAAUGAAUUAAUGUAUAAAAUGAUAAUUUAUUACCUGUAUAUAAAUAAUGACACAUUGAGGUAACACUCUGAUUAUAAUUUGUGAUAUGUAAAAGAAAAUUGGCAAGUAUUACCAAACACGAAAAUCUAGUCUUCUAAUUUUGUUUCA